AGCCGCGGCCCGAGCGGAGCCGGAGAGCGGCGGCGGUGGCGGCACCAUGACCCUGGGCAGCUGCUGCUGCGAGAUCAUGUCCUCCGAGAGCUCCCCGGCCGCGCUGUCCGAGGCGGACGCGGACAUAGACGUGGUGGGCGGCGGCAGCGGUGGUGGGGAGCUCUCAGCCUGCUCUGGGCCCCGCGCCCCCCGGGACGCGCUCCCCCACGGCCACGAGCCUCCCCCGGAGGAAGCCGAGGCGGACGUAGCGGAGGACGAGGAGGAGUCGGGUGGCUGCUUGGACGGCGAGCCCCGCGCUCUAGCGCCCCGGGGGGCGUCGGCCGCUGUGGGAAGCCCAGGGCCAGGCUCGGCGGCGGCCCGGGGCGCGGCGGGGCCGGGGCCAGGACCGCCGUCGGGCGGCGCAGCGACCCGCAGCCCACUGGUGAAGCCGCCGUACUCGUACAUCGCUCUCAUCACCAUGGCCAUCCUGCAGAGCCCCAAGAAGCGCCUGACGCUGAGCGAGAUCUGUGAGUUCAUCAGUGGCCGCUUCCCCUACUACCGGGAGAAGUUCCCCGCCUGGCAGAACAGCAUCCGCCACAAUCUCUCGCUCAAUGACUGCUUCGUCAAGAUCCCCCGCGAGCCAGGCAACCCGGGCAAGGGCAACUACUGGACGCUGGACCCGGAGUCCGCCGACAUGUUCGACAACGGCAGCUUCCUGCGGCGCCGCAAGCGCUUCAAGCGGCAGCCGCUCCCACCGCCGCACCCGCACCCGCACCCAGAGCUGCUGCUGCGUGGCGGGGCUGCUGCGGCUGGGGACCCCGGCGCCUUCCUGCCCGGCUUCGCUGCUUACGGCGCCUACGGCUACGGCUAUGGGCUGGCGCUGCCGGCCUACGGCGCACCCCCUCCGGGCCCAGCGCCACACCCGCACCCGCACGCCUUUGCCUUCGCUGCCGCCGCCGCGCCUUGCCAGUUGUCGGUUUCUGCAGGCCGUGCCGCCGCGCCUCCGCCCGGACCUCCGACGGCUUCCGUGUUCGCGGGCACAGCUUCUGCUCCGGCCCCUGCGCCUGCACCAGGGUCGGGCCCGGGCCCCUCUGGCCUGCCCGCCUUCCUUGGUGCCGAGCUGGGCUGCGCCAAAGCGUUCUACCCCGCGUCCCUGAGCCCUCCUGCUGCUGGCACGGCGGCAGGUCUGUCCACCGCACUCCUGCGCCAGGGCCUCAAGACGGACGCGGGCGGCGGGGCCGCAGGGCCUGGGCAUAGGCCUUCCUUCUCUAUAGACCACAUCAUGGGCCACGGCGGUGGCGGGGCAGCACCUCCGGGCAGCGGCGAGAGCUCCCCGGGAUCACCAUUCACCGCAGCCGCGCGUCCUGGGGGUCAAGCCCAGGUUUUGGCCAUGCUGACUGCCCCUGCCCUGGCACCGGUGGCGGGCCACAUCCGUCUCUCACACCCUGGGGACGCGCUCCUGUCUUCAGGGCCCUCCUUCGCCAGCAAAGUCGCAGGGCUCAGUGGCUGCCACUUCUGACCGCAGCAGGCUCAGGGCUAUUCAGGCCCUCACUCCUCAGCCUCUCCCGGGAGCUCCUGUGGUCCCAGCGGAACUCAGGGAGUCUAUUUAUGAAGAGUCUCCAGACUUGGGCUGGCGAGUGACUUGUCACCUAAGGCUUCACGCUUACAAUCUCGCUGAGAGUUGGGACGAGGCGGGCUCCGUCGCUCAGGGCAAGGCCCACGUCUAUGGGAAGAGGUCCCACGCUAAGAUCCCUUUCCAGUUUGAGCACUAAAAGAGGGAAGGAAGAGCCUUCACUUUUUCCCAGCCCCUGCGCCCGCUGGGCUGGGCAACCCAGGAAGAAUGAAUUCCCGGCAGAGACGCUAGCCCAGGCCCUGCGGAUCCCGCCAGAAACACCAAAGGCGCUGAGAGGUCUCCCUUUCUUCCUCUCCCCCUCAUUCUUUCAACUUUGAGACCCCGCCUGUCCAAUAUUAUAAUUUAAAGACAUCCAUUAUCUGCUUUGUGCUUUAAAAAUUCAAUUUUUUGUUUUGCUCUUCUCCAAGGAAGGCCGUUCCCUUUGAAGCUUAAAGCAGUGUCUACCCGGGCGAAGCUGAACGGAGAGGUGAAGCAGGGGUCUCCACAAUCCUUGCAGAAACCCAGAGCCCGCUCCACUGUGGAAAAAAUCUUUUCUCUUUCGUGUUUGGGUGCUUUUAAAGGAACUCCCCCUCUUUCCCGUGGCCUCAGGGGCGAGCCUUCCUCAUCCCCAGGCCUUCAGCUCUUGUCCAGGCCCUGCCAUAUUUAUUGUAGUAAAGGCAAUGAGGUUGGGUGGGAGAAGAGGGUCUGGGUCAGGGACUGGAGAGAUGGGGGAGGGUGGGCGAGGGCCCAGAGCUGGCAGGGGUCCUGUAAUUAUGUGUAAGUAUCUGUACAACGGGCUGCUCUCUCCGUUCUGUGUUCACUGGUGUGCAUUGAUUUAGACUUCUCUACUUAGGGGAGACUGAAAUCGUCCAAUGGUUUGUGUGGAAGAAAAGAAAAAUCUGUCUCUCCCCCACCUUCCUCAUUGGUGUCAAUCGAAUAAAUGUAUGUGAACU